CAAAAUAACAAAUAAAUAAUGUUUUUAUAAAUUACUACCUUUCAAACCUAAUUUUACAGGUAAUACAUUAACCAUGGAUGAAGGGAAUUCUAUCAUUUACGGUCUAGAACACCAGACUCGGGCGCUGUCGCCGCAGUAUGGGGAGAACGAUGCGAUUCGUUUUCUCAUUGGUACUCAGAGUCUGAAGCCCGGGACGAACCAGGUGCACGUCGUCGAACUGGAAGAGGACACGGGCGCUCUACAUACUAAGGUGUUCAAACAUGAGACUGGAGAGAUAUGGCAGUUACGAUGCUCUCCUCAUGAUGCCGCUACGUUGCUGACGGUACACAAUGCAUAUGACCCGGUGGCGGCUCAGUGUGCCAUGGGAGUCUCGGUUUACAAGCUGCCCACAGUUGAGGUUAUACCAAAGGACUUGGACGAUCUGAGCGCACUGCAGAGCAGGAAUGCUGAGGAGUUGGUGCAACUACAUACCAUUACACCAGAGAAACCGGAAGAAGAGGUCCGCUGCGCCGAAUGGCACUCGAUCGAUGCCAACCGCAUCGGCGUGGUGUACGAGUCGCACUUGUGCGUGCGCGACCUCGCCGCCGGCGCCGUGGCGGCGCGCGCGCAACCCGACGCGCGCGCCCGGCCCAAGCUGACCGGCGGCAAGUGGAACCCGCACCAACACGCUCAGUUCGCGCUACUACAAGACACGCAUAUAAAAUGUUUCGACACGCGCACCGAUGGCGGCAAGCCCGCCUGGAGCAUAGAAAAUGCGCACAGACAACUAACGAGGGAUCUGGAUUUCAACCCUAACAGACAAUUCCACGUGGCCAGCGCGGGUGACGACGGCGCUCUUAACAUCUGGGACUACCGGAGCGGCAAGGAGCCGAUAUUCAGCCGCCAGGAUCACUCCCACUGGGUGUGGACGGUGCGCUACAACUCAUACCACGAACAACUGCUACUAACGGGCAGUUCAGACGCGCGCGCGCUGCUCACGGCCGCCGCCAGCGUGUGUCGCGACCCCGCCGACACCGACAAACCUGUGUUAGAAGACGGGGUCCUCCAAUCAUACGAGCAGCAUGAAGACUCGGUGUAUUGCUGCGAGUGGAGCUCCGCGGAGCCCUGGACCUUCGCCAGCCUGAGCUGCGACGCGCGCCUCGUGCUCAGCCGCGUGCCGAGACACUUCAAAUAUAAAUUACUCUUGUAAAAUCAAUUAAAUAUAUAUUUAUAUUAC